CCGUUUGGUUGUUCUCCCUCCGUCUCGAGUGGGCGCCAAAUCGCGAAGAGAGAUGGACUACAGCUUAGCAGCGCUGAAGGUUCUGUGCGCGCAGCUCACCGGCGCCCGCCCAACGCCGUCGCAGCACGCCGCCACUCUCGGCGGCAUUCUCUUCCAGCGCGCCUGGCUUCAGGGGAUUUUGGUCUCCGUCGACAAACACAACGCCAGAUUGGUUCUCGACGACGGCACCGGCACCGUCGAGCUCUCCCUCUCUCGCGAUUUCCGCCUCCGCCCUUGGAACCUCGGGAUGUAUGUGAUGGUUGUUGGAGCAUUUGUCAUCCGGCCGAAUGAGCCGCCGAUUAUUGGGGUCCACAAGAUUGUUGAUCUUUCAGAGUUUCCUAGUCGGGAGGCGAUGUGGUACCUCGAAGUCAUGGAAGCAUACAAAAUGUUCUAUGAACCCCUGAUUGAAGAAUUUUUGUAGCUCAUUUCGUCGACUCAACAGGUCAGUUGAACUUUGGGGAAGUUCUUCCUCUACAAAACCAUACCCAGUUAUCUUGCAUAUUUGAGGGCAGCCAUACUAUCUAUUCGCAGGAAUACUCCCUUUGCUGUCCAAGGCCUCAUCUUUUAGCGUAAGUAAUUUUUGCACAAAUACUUCUAGUCAAGAAGUGAUAAAUGAAUUAUUAUUUUUUUUUAUAAGAAACUUCAAACUUCAUUCGAAAGAGGCACAAAGGAGUAAGGGCGGGAGCCGAGAACAUCAUCCCCUAAAAAGCUAAUACAUUACAGCUUUUCAAUCACGAGAAAGUAAGGCUAUAUUAUAAUUACAAAAGAAUCUUCUACGAGUAAGGCACCAAGAGGCCGUUGUAAUUUGUACAUUUUCACAAAAAAUAUCAAAAGGGAGGGACUUGUUGAAAACUCUUUGGUUCCUUUCCUUCCAAAUA